AUGGAUCCUGCUGACCUCAACGAGGAGCACCACUUCACUCUUCGUAACUACCACCGUCCGACAUUUUGCGACCAUUGCGGUUCGAUGCUGUUCGGCUUAGUCAAGCAAGGCUUCCACUGCUCCGGCUGUAAAAUGAACGUGCGUACAAACGGGUGGACGCCAUUGCAUAGGGCCACCGAUCAAGCGUGCGGAGGCAGUGCUGUCGCUGCGUACUUGAAGACA